UCCCCAGUCUUGCGCUCAGUGGUGUGCAGCAUUUGAACAGAGGCAGACAGGGGAAGCAGAAUCAGUGGCUAGACAUGACCUUAGAAUAAAUUUGAGGAGUAACCCGAUGGUUUCAAACCACGGACCUUGAACAUCUGGAUUUCCCUUCGUAUUGGAUAUUUAAUUUAAAAGGAGGUGUUGGAGGAAUAUCUCCCCUCAGCGUUGGACUCUAUCUACCAGUUCCUCAGCAUAAAACCAUACCUGGCGCAGGUCUCAGAGUCUCCUUAAUCUUAUUUGUAGAUAGACAGCGAGCCCGGCUGGCGACACAUUACAGAGUAUCUUUAUUUAAAGCGCUUUAACAGAAAAUGUGAAUCCCUGCCUUCUCCGUGAGGGAGCCGAACCCCCGUCGGUGGCAUCUGAAACAGCUGGCUUGUGUCUAGAAAAUUGUGGAUUAACGAUUUUUUUACCCCUUAUCCAAAGGAACCUCGGACGUCUUUCCGUGGCCUGUAUCCACAAUGAGCGUCGAUUUAAUUGAAUUAACUACAUGAGCGGUGUCAAAAGAAACGCGUUUCUCUCCGAUUUAAAAAGGGAAAAAACCCAUAUCUGCUGAAAUAAACGGCGCCAGGAAAAUAUGGAAAACGAGGUGUUCACUCCUUUGCUGGAGCAGUUCAUGCUCACACCUCUGGUCUGCUGGGUGAAGACGGUCGGACACUCGACGGUGACCGAUGGCACCAAAUUAUCGGAAUAUAUUGAAUUAGUGGAUGGGAUUUACCUGAAUGAGAUAAUGCUUGAGAUAAAUCCCAAAGCCACAGUGCAGCGCACCAACAAGAAAGUGAACAAUGACUCCACACUGCGCAUCCAGAACCUUUCUAUUCUCAUCAGGCAGAUUAAAUCCUACUAUCAGGAGUGUCUCCAACAGCUGGUGAUGAUGCCUUUACCAAAUGUGCUGAUACUGGGCCGGAACCCCCUCUCUGCACAAGGUCUGGAAGAGAUGAAGAAACUGUUGCUGUUGCUACUAGGCUGUGCUGUCCAGUGUGAGAAGAAGGAAGAGUACAUUGAGCGUAUCCAGACUCUGGACUUUGACACCAAAGCUGCCAUAGCAUCACAUAUCCAAGAGGUGACUCAUAACCAAGAAAAUGUAGUGGACCUGCAGUGGUUGGAAAGUGGGGAAAUACCUCCAGAGGAUCUGGACAGCCUCUCCAGAAACCUGGCUUUCCACCUCAAGCGCCUGGUGGAUGAAAGGGACACACAGCUUGAGAUGGACAGAGACUCCAGAGAGCAAGAGGAGAAGAGUGAGCAGCUUUUGGACACCAGGCAGGAGCUUGAGAACAUGGAGGUCGAGCUCAAGAGACUUCAGCAAGAGAGCUAUCAGCUGCUGUCAGAUGCUCGGUCGGCUCGGGCCUAUCGUGACGAGCUGGAUUCGCUCCGAGAGAAAGCGAUACGUGUGGACAAGCUGGAGAGCGAGCUGAGCCGAUACAAGGAGAGACUUCAUGACAUCGAGUUUUACAAGGCCAGAGUUGAGGAGCUGAAGGAGGACAACCAGAUUCUGCUGGAGACUAAGACUAUGCUGGAGGAGCAGCUAGAUGCUAGCAGGACCCGGUCCGACAAAUUACAUCUCCUGGAGAAGGAGAAUCUACAGAUCAAAUCAAAGAUCCACGACCUGGAGAUGGAGCGGGACAUGGACCGUAAGCGAAUGAAGGAGCUGUUAGAGGAGAACCUUGUGCUUGAGAUGGCCCAGAAACAGAGCAUGGAUGAAUCCCUGCACCUUGGAUGGGAGCUGGAACAAUUAUCAAAGACACCAGAGCUAACAGAAGCCCCUCAGAAGUCUCUGGGGGAGGAGGUGAAUGAGCUAACGUCAAGCCGUCUGCUAAAGCUGGAGAAAGACAACCAGACCCUGCUGAAGACGGUUGAGGAACUCAGAGCAGCGGCCAGUCAGGACACUGUGACAAAACUGGUCAAAGCUAACCAGGAAAACCAGAAGCUGAGCAAGAAAUUGGAGUCGUUGGAGAGCGAACUGACAGCAGACAGAGAGUCGCUCCGCAGUGCCGAGUCUCUCAGUACUGACCUGAUGAAGGAGAAGGCUUUGCUGGAGAAGACUCUGGAAACCCUCAGAGAAAACUCAGAGAGACAGAUGAAGGGUCUCGAACAGGAGAACAAGCACCUGAGCCAAACCGUGUCGUCUCUGCGUCAGCGCUGCCAGGUGGGUGCCGAGGCCCGGGUCAAGGAUGUGGAAAAAGAGAACCGCAUUCUCCACGAGUCGAUCUGUGAGACAACUGCCAAACUAAAUAAGAUGGAGUUUGAAAGGAAACAGCUGCGCAAAGAGCUUGAAGUUAUGAAGGAGAAAGGAGAGAGAGCAGAAGAGCUGGAAAUUCAGAUACAGAAGUUGGAAAGGGAAAACGAGAGCCUGCAGAAGAAAGUUGCCAGUCUUGGAAUCACCUGUGAAAAGGUGGCUUCUUUGGAGAAGGAGAAUAGUGAGCUGGAGGCAGAAGGCCGCCGCCUCAAGAAGAAGCUGGACACCCUGAAAAACAUGGCCUUCCAGCUGGAGGCUUUGGAAAAAGAAAACACUCAACUGGAGCAGGAGAACCUGGAGCUUCGACGCUCAGCUGAGAGUCUCCGCUCGGCGGGGGCUAAGGCUGCUCAGCUGGAGGCCGAGAACAGGGAGCUGGAGAGCGAGAAGAGCCAACUGAAACGCAGUCUGGAGCUGCUCAAAGCCUCAUCUAAGAAGACUGAGAGAUUAGAGGUGAGCUACCAGGGCCUAGAUACUGAGAACCAGCGCCUGCAGAAGGCUUUAGAGAACAGCAGCAAGAAGAUCCAGCAGUUGGAGGCAGAGCUGCAAGAGGUGGAGUCUGAGAAUCAGUCCCUCCAGCGUAACCUGGAGGAGCUCAAGAUCUCCAGUAAACGUCUCGAGCAGCUGGAGCAGGAGAACAAGGCUCUGGAGUUGGAAAGCUCCCAGCUAGAGAAAGACAAGAAGCUCCUGGAAAAGGAGAACAAGCGACUGAGGCAGCAGGCUGAGAUCCGCGACUCAAAGCUGGAUGAUAGCAACCAGCGCAUCACUACCCUGGAGAAGGAAAAUCGGACAAUGGGCAAGGAGAUGAUCUUUUUCAGGGACUCCUGUACGAGAGUCAAGGACCUGGAAAGGGAGAAAAAGGAGCUGGUCAAACAGGCCACGAUCGAUAAGAAGACCCUUGUCACGCUCAGAGAGGAGCUUGUGAGUGAGAAGCUGCGGACUCAGCAGAUGACCAAUGAUCUUGAGAAACUGACCCAUGAGUUGGAAAAGAUUGGACUGAAUAAAGAGAGGCUCCUGCAUGACGAGAGCUCAGACGACAGGUUUAAGCUCCUGGAAACCAAACUGGAGUCGACCCUGAAAUCAACUCUGGAGAUCAAAGAGGAGAAAAUUGCUGCACUUGAGGCAAGACUGCAGGAGUCCUCCAACCUUAACCAGCAGCUUCGCCAGGAGCUGAAAACGGUGAAGAAAAACUACGAGGCGCUCCGGCAGAGAGAGGAGGAGGAGAGGAUGGUGCAGAGCUCGCCCCCUAAAGUGGGGGAAGACCCUCAGGCUGUCAGUAAAUGGGAGAAAGAAAGCCAUGAAGCAACCAGAGAACUGCUGAAAGUCAAAGACAGACUCAUUGAAGUGGAGAGGAAUAAUGCUACUCUGCAGGCUGAGAAGGUGGCCCUGAGGAGCCAACUCAAACAACUGGAAACCCAAAACUCCAACCUGCAGGCUCAGAUAGUGGCUGUGCAGAGGCAGACGGCCUCUUUACAGGAGAACAAUACAACGCUACAGACGCAGAAUGCCAAACUACAGGUGGAAAACUCAACUCUGAGCUCACAGAGCGCAUCCCUGAUGGCCCAGAACGCCCAGCUGCAGACCCAGCAGAGCAGUGUGGAAGGAGAGCGUGAAGGAGCGCUGAGGGAGAAAGAGGAGCUGAGAGCUACCUAUGAACUGCUGCUGCGCGAUCACGAGAAGCUGGCAGCGCUCCACGAGAGGCAGGCAGCCGAAUAUGAAGCGCUGAUCGGCAAGCACGGUGGGCUGAAGACCUCCCACAAGAGCCUGGAACAGCAGCACAGGGACUUGGAGGACAAGUACAAACAGCUCUUGCAGAGAAAGGGGGAGCUGGAGGAGCUGGAGAAGAAUCUGAAGGAGCAGCAGGAAAAGAUGGCCCUGGAGAAUCAGACCCACCAAGCUACAGCUGACCAGUACAAACUGCUCAAAGAGGAAAAUGAUAGGUUGAAUAGCACCUAUCGUCAGCUCUUGAAGGACAAUGAAAAUCUCCAGCUGGACCAUAAAAACCUAAAGAGCCAGUUGAACAGUGCAAAGCUGGACCAAACCAAGCUGGAGGCUGAGUUUUCUAAACUGAAGGAGCAGUACCAGCAGCUGGACAUCACCUCCACCAAGCUAACCAACCAGUGUGAGUUGUUGAGCCAGCUGAAGGGAAACUUGGAGGAAGAGAACCGUCACCUGUUGGACCAAAUCCAGACUUUGAUGUUACAAAAUCGCACACUGCUGGAGCAGACCAUGGAGAGCAAGGACCUGUUCCACGUAGAGCAAAGACAAUACAUAGAUAAGCUGAAUGAGCUGAGGAGGCAGAAGGAGAAGUUGGAGGAGAAGAUCAUGGACCAGUACAAGUUCUAUGACCCUUCACCUCCACGCAGGCGCGGCAACUGGAUUACUCUAAAGAUGAAGAAGCUGAUCAAGCCGAAGAGCCGGGACAGGAUCCGGUCUCUCACACUGACUCCAUCUCGAUCAGAGUUUGGAGACAGUUUUCUGAUGUUUCCCCAGGACAGCCAGGACAGCUCAUCCAUAGGCUCGGGCACCAACUCGCUAGAUGACACGCUCUCACACAUGAGCAGCAGGAGGAGAGGGCAGCAGUCUCAUGCCCAAGUGCAGGGUUCCUCCAAUGCUAUAAAAAGGUUGCCUUUCAUGAGGAACAGAUCCAAGGACAAAGACAAGGCCAAGGCCAUCUACCGGCGCUCCAUGUCUAUGAAUGACCUGCUUCAGACCAUGGCAAUGGCAGGUGGUCCUGAGGCUCAGUGGGCGGGCAGCAGUGAGAAUCUAGACGGGGCUGAAGCUGGAGAUGCCAACAUGACGGGCAGCAGCAGGCGCAGCGGGCAGCGCAUGAAGGAACUCGCCUUUUCCACCAAUGCCAUUGAUUGUGCCACCCUCACCCUGCCUAGUUCAAGUCACAGUAGAGCCAAGCACAGGCUUCAGGUCAAAGACAAUGCCUCCUGUGAGGAUGUCGCCGGCUCAUUGGAUGAUCCCAAGAGUCAAGGGCCACAGAGGUAUAUGUCUCCCUGCCAUUUGAAUGGUUGUGCUGUUGGUCUGAGCGCUGUGUGCAGAGUGUCCUGUAGCAUCUGUACCGCCAGACCCUCCAGUCUUCAUAGCAACAGGACCACCAGUAGUAAUAGUAACAAUAACUCCCACCUCACUUCUCCUCUGGAGGGCAAAGGCACAUUGAACGGCAGUCUGAGCAGGCCUCACAGCGAGAGCAGCGGCGAGUUCAGCCUGAGUCUGGACCAGGAGGUGUGGUCCAGCAGCGGCAGCAGCCCCGUCCAGCAGCCCACCUCCUCACGCUCCUCCCACCAGAGCCCCCUGCAGCUGCGCAGAUCUCUUGAGCCAUCCGCCGCCGCCGCGGGCAGCGCGGUCCAGUCCCAGAUCAGGAAGACGGGAUCCCCAGGGAACGAGGUGCUUUCCCUGCAGCAGUUCCUGGAUGAGGGUAUUGAUCCUGCAGAGUCUGGCAGUCAGGAGAACCUCACUGUAGACUCUCCUCGCCUCUCCACCUCCUCUGAGCACGGCCAGAAAGAACGCACUGUCACAAAGGGCCGGGGCAUACUGCGCUCGUCCAGUGGGAAGGCAGCAGCAGUCAGCGCUGACCGGCCUCCGAGGUCUUCCGGACAACCAGGACGCCCUUCCCUGCGGAAGGCCGAGAGCACACGGGUGAAAGGCUCCGCCCCGAUCCGCGCCAGCCUGUCUUCACAGGGCAAAGCGACCUCUGUCUCCGAACGGCUCGAUUCAGCCUCCUCCACCCUGCCCCGGGCCAGCAGUGUCAUCUCCACUGCUGAAGGUACCACACGGCGUACCAGCAUCCACGACCUGCUGUCCAAGGACAACCGGCAGCCCGUUUCGGUUGACGCUCCUGCUGCUGCUGCUUCCACCAGGGCUGGGCUACGUUCGCAGCCCACACCCAGUGAGUACCACCCCAACAGCACCAACCUUAAGGGACCCCUCACCACCAUCACCCCCAUGCCCAAGUCAGUCAGCUUACCUUGCAAUAGCUCGGAGGACCCCGACCUCUCCACCCUUGAGUCUUUCCUCGGCCCUUCCUUCACUGUAGAAUCUGUAUUCAUGGACUCCAUCUUUAGUGAGUCAGCAGACAAAAACCUCCCCUUCCUUUCUCUUAACCCCACCUUAGUCAGCAACAUCAGCGGGCCUCCUGUUACAAAUAAGACCCACCCUCCUCCUGUGCCGCAUCACAUUCGCACCCAAAACCAGACCCCCCACAGCCAAUCAAACGGCCAGGUGAGAUCCAGCGAGGGUGUUGAUCAGAGUUGUGUAAAUAAUCCGGAUCAGUCACUGAGCCCAGAGGAGAGGGAGUCUCUGUGGUAUGAGUACGGCUGUAUCUAAAUGACGGGGAGGUUUCUGGUUUGCUGAUUUUAAUACUUGACAUGAAGAGGGAGGAACAAAAGGAUGGAUAAAGAGCAAAGCCAUUUCCUCUGCAUGUAUUUGUCAGAGUACUGUCUGUCUCUGUGUGGUGUAUGUGGGUCAUUUUUCCCUGUUUGCUAUGGUGCUGAUUGGUGACUUUACUUUCAUUUUUAAUAUUUUUUUAACCCCCAUUUUCUUUUCUACGAUGCGGGACUUUGACUGUUCUUCCGUCCAAUACCCUUUCACACAUUAUUUUUACCUCAUCAGAUAAGUUUUACCUGGCUAACAUCAUACUAUUAUCUGCUGCGGUGAGGUGAUACAUUUUAUCUUGGGGAUGAGAAGAAAUAGAGAAUUAUCUAAAGCUUUCAUGUGAGGCCAGAACACACCGAGCAAGUCGGUUCAAGUCACACCAGGAAUCAUAAAAACAGCAGGAAAAGCUUUUUUUUAAUAAUGAGCAUAAUGAGCAAAGCAUUCUGGGGCAAUUUCUACAUAGUAAAGUCAGAUAAUAGGUUCACUUUGCAUUUUCUGUUUAUUAUGGUGAUUCUUGGCAAGUCCCACUUUUCACCUCCUAAAUUGCAUGGCUUUGUUUUGUAUGUUUGACCUGAAACUUUCAUUUGGAUUGCUGUGAUCAAAAUGGUUUUCAUCAGUUUGUUUCUUAUGAUGGUGUGUGCUGUUUGUGUUUUACAUUUGAUAUCUUUUCUGUUUUUCUUUGCUGUGUACACGUUCACUGGAGUGUUUGCUCCCCUCUGCAAAUGGAUUAAUAUGAUCUGGUGGAUCUAAGCUGACCUCCUGGGCUGGUGACAAAAUGAUGAAGCUUCAUUCCCAAAACAAUCAGGGCGGCAUUUUUAGUUUGAAACGUGAAAGUUGACGGAGAGGACACAGAAUACAGCAUGGCAAUAGUGAUUUGGUUUCACGCAGUUUAUGAUUGUUUGGGGGUAUUUUAAUUAUUAUUUUUAGAACGUGGAGUUGAUACUGUAAGUUGAUUCAUUUGAGGUUGUUUUGUGAAUGAAGCGAACAUCAUUCCUUUUGGUAUUUUCUCCUGACACGCCACAAGUUGGAUAACUUGAGGUGAUAUUUGAGACUGACCUAUCUUGUAUAGACUGCUAUCAUUAAGUUAUAAUCAAAGACGAGCACUACAUGUUGUGCCAAUACUAGUUGAACUGCCUGUAUCUACGUCCUUAUUUAUUUCUGCUUUUGUACUCUUUAGUUGCUGUUUUGAAGUUGCUAUAUUGUAUUUAUCUUGAUUCAAAGUAUCCGCAGGUAUGAAGUAAAUGAAAAUAGUGUGUCAUCACUCUGCAGAUGUAA